AUGACUCUCUUCUGGAUCCUGAACUCCUUUAUGCGCUGGGUGCGCUUGAAGAUAUAUCAAUAUGAGGUGACCUUCGCCGUGUACAUGCUUACGCCUACCGAAAAGUUCAUUUUUAAUUCCCUUCUCCUCACUCUCCUCUCAAUGAUCGUAACCGGCAUCUAUGUCUACCUUCCCGACCACAUCCGAUCCAUUUAUAGCCACCUUUACUACUACUGGGCUGGCGAGCGUCCGUUUAUCUCUGCGAGCCUUCCAUCGAUCAGCUCCGUAUUCCGGGAGACCGGUACCCAGACUUUGGAAGUGAUGUACGAGACGGCCAAGAAUGCUGCUGCGACGGCCACUGCUCCAAUCGCCGAACUGUGA